AUGCGGGCGUUGGGCGGGCUCGGUGGUGGCAUCGCGAUCGUCGCGAGCGCGCUGGUGACGCGCGGGGUGCGCGCGUUGGACGCGCGCGCCUUCGAAUGGGCUGGAAUCUUUGAGACACCGGAGAAUGAAUACGUGUGGCAGGCGCAAAAGGUGGCCGACGCGUACGCGGACGCGACCAUGAAAAUGGUCAUCUACGGCGAAAGCGUCGCGGGACACGAUGAGCUCGAAGCACGCGAGAGCAUCGGUGAUACUGCGAUCGGAGGAAAUUGCCCGACUGUUAAAACACGAGAUAGUGUUUUGAUACCAGGUAGUGGGUGUGUCAACCUUGAAUUUAGCAACUCCUGGCACACGACGCCGUUCAAGAUAAAUACGACGGACAUCGCCGCCGUCUCAAUCUUCACUGAGCACAUUCCCACCGAGUUCGAGCGCGACGCGCAUUAUCUCAAGGACCUCAACGGCAAUGAUGUGGAGCCAAAAGCUUCGCUACCGGAAACUUCCACCGUAACGAAGUCGAAACCAUGGGCCAACGCCAUCGGAGCGGCAAUCGUCGUCAACACUGUCACACUUUGUGGUGUAGCCUUUCUCGUCCCAGGUAUCGCCGAGAAGCAGAAAAAGUUUCCCGAACUGGUAAGCUGCAUUAUUAACUCGUUUUCCGCCGGUGCACUUCUUUCAGCUGCGUUUUAUCUGAUGUUUUACGAAGCCACGCAUUUAAUCAAACCUGCUGGCUCAGAUGAGGCAGAGCAAACCGCGUGGUGGGCUUCCGCUUCGAUUUUCGGCUUUCUCAUGGCCUAUUUCAUCGACUUUGCUAUUGCUGUUGUGUUCCCUUCUCGUGGAAAUACAGUAAAGACAACUGACGAAGAACUUGCGGCCAAGGGCGCUCGAGAUGACUGCGAUACGUGUAAAUCACACAAGUAUCGCGUUCGAGGUGGUAUCAUUCUUGGAGAUUUCACGCACAACCUAGUGGAUGGUAUUUUCAUUGGCUUUGGCUUUCUGAACUGUGGCACCACUAUGGGAUGGUCGAUCACCGCCGCGACUGUGUAUCACGAAAUCGCUCAAGAGCUCGCUGAUUACUUGGUACUCGUAGACCCCUUCCAGGGCGAUCUCGCGCCGUUACCGACGCUGAGCUUAAACUUCGUUUCCGGCAUGAGUGUCAUUCUUGGCGUCCUCAUUAGUGUUGGAUCGGGAAAUAAAAACGACUUCCUGCAUGGACUUCUGCUUGCCUUCGGUGCUGGAGUCUAUUUGCAAAUCGCCGCAGCGGAGUGCAUGCCCCGAGUAUCAGUGAGCGCGACUUCACCACGUCUUCGCGCGACAAGUAUUCUCACGUUCAUCGUCGGCGUUAUCGCCAUCAGUCUCGUGCUCCUUAAUCACAAGCAUUGCACGGUCGCUGUCGAUGGUGGAGACUCAAACGCACAUUUGCACUAA